CCUCCAAUGCGCCUGCGUGCUGGAGCGCACCGAGCGGCCGCAGGAGACACCGAGAGGGGAGACCCGGCCUGCCUGCCUGCCUGCCCGGGCUCCACGGUACCAGGAACGGCACCAGGAACGCUCCCACUGACGGUGACGUGAUGUGAUGCGAUGCUGCGCGGGAUCACGGUAACGUAAGAGCAGCAGGAGGAGCAGGCGGAGCAGGAGGAGCACUGACGGCCUGAUCGGUACCGGGAGGAGAGGAACGCUUCCGAGCCGCGCACCGGAGCCCGCUGCUGGUACCGACCCGAUCUGAUGUGAGGCUGCGGGGAUGGAGGGGUAGGCAGGGAGGAGGCGAGAGGAGCGGAGCGACCGACGGAACAUAACGGAGGAGAGAGGAGGAGCAGGAGGAGGAGGAGGAUGAAUCCAGCAGAAGGAGGAGGAGAAGCGGGCCAGGACGGCCUGGCGACCGCAGGUUCUGGUAAAGCAGAGACUGUUCGGGCGGUGGAUGUCCUGACGGUGCUCAGAGAGAAAGUGGCCUUUGUAUCGGGUGGACGAGACAAACGAGGCGGACCGAUUCUGACCUUUCCGGCACGGACCAAUCAUGAUCGAAUAAAACAGGAAGAUCUCAGCCGACUGGUGACCUACCUGUCAACCAUACCCAGCGAGGACGUGCGUGCGCGUGGCUUCACCGUGGUGGUGGACAUGCGUGGCAGUAAGUGGGACAGCGUGAAGCCGGUGCUGAGGACUUUGCAGGAGUCGUUUUCCUCCAACAUCCACACAGCGCUCCUCAUCAAACCAGACACCUUCUGGCAGAAACACAAGACUAACCUGGGCAGCGCCAAGUUUAGCUUCGAGACCAGCCUGGUGUCGGUGGAGGGUCUUUCCCGGCUCAUCGACCCCUCCCAGCUGACGGCGGAUCUUGGUGGCUCGUUGGAGUACGACCAUGUUGAGUGGACGGAGCUUCGUCUGGGCCUGGAGGAGUUCUCAGGGGCUGCCACGCAACUGCUGGCUCAGCUGGAACAGCUGGAGGCCGGGUUGAGCCGCAUACCAGAGCCUAAGGACGUAGACGAAGCCCGCAAACUUUUAGAGGAACACAAUCGCCUCCGUAACACAAUCGCCACGGCGCCAGUAGAUGCCCUGGACAGGGAAGGGAAGAGUUUGCUCCAGCGAAUGCGCCUGGGUCCUUCACACGGUGAUGGAUCCACCGAGGGCGGCGGCGGCGGCGGCACCUGGCUGUCAGGGGGGGCAGACUUCCAGAGCGUGGCCCCAAAGGUUUCCUCUCUGCUGGACCGGCUGCAGACCGGCCGUACCCACCUGCUCCAGAUUUGGAGCGACAAAAAGCUGCACUUAGACCAGGGUCUGCAGUUGCACCUGUUUGAGCAGGACGGCACUAAGAUGUCAGAGUGGAUCGCCCACAGUAAAGAGCUGUUUCUGCAGAGCGUCACAGAGGUCGGGCAAAACCACCAGCACGCUCUUGACCUACAAACGCAACACCAGCACUUCACCGCCAACUGCAUGAACGGCAGCGUAAACGUGGACAGCGUGGUCACCGUGGCGGCGAGGCUCGCUGAGGCGGGUCACUACGGCGCAGAGCGGAUCGCUUUGGUGUCGUCACGGUUACAGGAUGACUGGAAGUCCCUGACGACCACCCUGGAGGAGCGCAGCAACAUGCUGGCCAUGGCAACCGGUUUCCACCAAGGGGCGGAGCAGUUUCUCCUCCGGGUGGAGGGGUGGGUUAAAAUGUGUUCUGAGGGAUCCCUACCGACGGCAACAGCGGAGCUGGAGGCGGCAACUAAAAAGCAUCAGGAACUGAACGAGGAGAUAUCCGCCAACUACACGCAGGUGAGUGAAAGUGGCAAAGCCUUAAUGGACGUCCUCCAACGCAACUCUACGAGCGAGUCCAAUGAGUCGGCCAUCAAACCGGACUUCACCCCUGCCACGCACACCAUCAUGGGAGUCCUGCACCAAGUGAUGCAGGGUCACCAUGAGGUGGAGGGAGCCUGGCAGCACAGGAAGCUCCGCCUCCACCAGCGCCUGCAGCUCUGCGUGUUUCAGCAAGAUGUGAAACAGGUGCUGGAUUGGGUGGAGCAGCACGGGGAGGUUUUCCUCAACAAACACACCGGCGUGGGGAAGUCUCUCCACCGAGCGCGGGCGCUGCAGAAACGCCACGACGACUUCCAGCAGGUCGCUCAGAACACCUACACCAACGCUGAGAAGCUCCUGGAGGCUGCAGACCAGCUGGCCCAGUCUGGAGAGUGCGAGGAGGAGGAGAUCUACCAGGCAGCCAGAGACCUGGAGCUCCGCAUGCAGGCCUUCAUCCAGCGGGUGGAGCAGAGGAAGCUGCUGCUGGACCUCGCCGUGUCCUUCUACACCCACACUAAGGAGCUGUCCGUGUGGAUGGAGGGCCUCCAGAAGCAGCUCUCCUCAGACCUCCUGGUGUGUCCGGACACCGUGGAGGCCCUGCAGGCUCUGAUCAGCCAGCAGCAGCAGCAGCAGGCCAACACACAGGAAGCUGCGAUGAGUGUCAUCCGGGAAGGAGAGGACCUCAUCCUGCAACUCAGGCCCCAGGGCAGCUCUGUGGCCCAUGUGGAGUCAGUGUUGCAGCAGCUGGAGGAGUCCCACGCUCAACUUGAGGAGCUUUUCCACCAGAAGAAGAUCCGACUCGACAUUUACCUGCAGUUCCGCAUCCUGCAACAGUGCACUCUAGAGGUAACUGGUGAGAUGGAUGCCUGGAAACAGGAUCUCCAAAAACAGUCCCAGGAUUUUUCAGCUGACAAGCUAACGUCUCCACGGCUAGCUGAGACGAACCCGGACCAGCUGGCCCAGGACAAACUAGCCCUAGGCCAGUCGCGUCUAGCAGAGGCGACUCCUGAAGCGUUAACGUUGGCACAGCAGCGUAUUCACAGGCACAUGGAGCGAAGGCUGGCUAUGAACAACAUGAUUUAUGAGGUGAUCCAGCAAGGACAUGAUCUUCAGCAGUAUAUCACAGAGGUCCAGGCGUCAGGUGUGGAGCUGUCAGAGGUGGAGGGAAGCCUCUCCUCUCAGGUGGAGGAGCUGCAGCGCCUCCUGCAGGACCAGCAGAAGGAGCUGCAGCAGAUUGCAGAUCACACUCACACAUAUCUGGAGCAGAACCUGCAGCUGAGGCACCUGCAGAGCCAGGUCAAACAGGUGCUGGGCUGGAUCUCAGAGGGGGAGAUGAAGCUAUCAUCCUGCAUGCUGAAUUCCAGCUGUCUGUCUGAAGCAGAGCAGCUGCAGAGGGAGCAUGAGCGCCUCCAACAGACCAUUGAGGCUCUGCUGCAUGCCGAGUCCCUGCAGAGAACUCACCAGGUGGCGCUAGCUCUGCAGCAGCGAGCCGAGCUACUGGUCAGGUCGGGCCACUACGACCCAGACGCCGUGAGGGCUUGUGCCCAGACGGUGGCGCUGCACUGGCAGACUCUGAUGCUGAGGAUAGAAGACAGGCUCAAACUGGUCAACGCCUCCGCCGCCUUCUACCGGACGUCACAGCAGGUGUGUGGGGUGCUUGAGAGUCUGGAGCAGGAGUACCGCAGGGAGGAGGACUGGUGUGCAGGAGGAGAAAGGCAGCCUGAGCAGCUCCUGCCGCUCAUUAGCAAACACAUGGAGCAAAAGGAGGCGUUCCUCAAGGCAUGCACGCUGGCACGACGGAACGCCGAGGUUUUCCUCAAGUACAUCCAUCGAAACAGCGUCACCAUGGCCAACAUCUCCGGUCACAACGUCACGGUCUCCGCGGUUACGGGGGUCACAGAAGUUACCGGACACUCCAGAGUCCCGGAGCAGCAAGUGAAAGGUAUCCUCAGUGAGCUGCUGCAGAGAGAAAACAGAGUUCUUCAUUUCUGGACUUUGAAGAAACGCAGACUGGAUCAGUGUCAGCAGUACCUGAUGUUCCAGAACCACGCCCAGCAGGCUCUUGAAUGGCUGCAGCAGUCAGGUGACCAUUACCUGGCCACGCACACCUCAGCGGGAGCCUCCGUGGCCGAAACGCAGGAGCUGCUCAACCAACACAGAGAGUUCUGCAUUUCUGCAAAGCAUACGCAGGAAAAGGUUCACCUGCUGAUCCAGCUGGCUGAAAGCAUGCUGGCCAAAGGCCACGCCCACCGCGCUGAGCUACGCCGCUGCGUCUCUGCGGUGGACAAACGAUACCGUGACUUCACGGUCAGGAUGGGUCAGUACCGCCACCUGCUGGAGGCUGCACUGGGUAGCAGUUCUCAGGAUAACAAGGAUUUAGAGCUGGAGCUGAUCCCCAACAGUUUGUCUGACUCGGACCCUGAGGUGAACCUGUCUGACCCGAGUCACCAGGUCAGCGACGAGAAGAGACGCUCCGCUCGCAAAAAGGAGUACAUCAUGGCGGAGCUCCUUCAGACGGAGAGAGUCUACGUCCGAGAUCUACAGGAGUGCAUAGAGACAUACCUGUGGGAGAUGACCAGUGGCUCCGAGGACAUCCCACCUGGUCUGGCCAACAAGGACGACACCGUGUUCGGAAACAUCCAGGACAUCUACGAGUUCCACAACAGUAUUUUCCUGAAGGAGCUGGAAAACUACGAGCAGCUUCCAGAAGACGUGGGCCACUGCUUUGUCACCUGGGCUGAUAAAUUCCACAUGUACGUGACGUACUGCAGGAACAAACCGGACUCCAGUUUACUGAUCCAACAACAUGGAGUCGGAUUCUUUGAGGAGGUCCAGAGGAGACACGGCCUGGCCAACUCCAUCUCCUCGGCUCUAAUUAAACCGGUGCAGAGGAUCACCAAGUACCAGCUGCUGCUGAAGGAGUUGCUGGCCUGCUGCGAGGAAGGCAAAGGGGAGAUCAAAGAAGGCCUGGAUGUGAUGCUGAGCGUCCCGAAGAGAGCUAACGACGCUAUGCAUGUUAGCAUGCUGGAAGGUCUGGAGGAAGGUCUGGAGGUGCAGGGAGAGCUCCUCCUGCAGGACACCUUCCUGGUCUGGGAGCCCAAGUCUCUGAUCCGAAAGGGUCGAGACCGACACCUGUUUCUGUUCGAGCUGUCGCUCAUCUUCAGCAAGGAGAUCAAAGACUCAUCGGGACGCACCAAAUAUCUCUACAAGAGCCGGCUGAGGACCUCAGAGCUGGGGGUCACGGAGCACAUCGAGGGCGAUCCCUGUAAAUUCGCCCUGUGGGUUGGAAGAACGCCAACAUCCGACAACAAGACGGUCCUGAAGGCUGCAUCGCUGGAGCUGAAGCAGGAGUGGGUUCGCAGCAUCCGCCAGGUCAUCCAGGAGAGGCGGGGUCACCUGCGGGGGGCGCUGAGGGAGCCCAUCCCCCUCCCCAAGACCCCCAACCCAACGCUGGUACGACAGCGCAGCAUCACCCGCAGGGAAACCAGCGAGGACGCAGACAGCCUGGGCGACGCCAGCAGUCAGCCCGACACCGUCUCCAUCGCGUCCCGGACAUCCCAGAACACCGCCGACAGCGACAAGCUGUCUGGAGGCUGUGAGUUAGUGGUGGUCCUGCUGGAUUUCACCUCUGCGGGGCCCGGGGAACUCAGCGUCCGCUGCAGUCAGACGGUGGAGCUGGUGGAGCGCUCGGCCGACCGACCCGGCUGGUGCCUGGUCAGAACCACGGAUCAGUCGCCUCAGCAGGAGGGCUUGCUGCCCAUGAGCGCCCUCUGCCUGUCGCACUCCCACAGCGCGGCCGACAUGGAGGGGCUGGUCCCGGCCUCCACCACCUCCCCCAGCGCCACCUCCUCCGGCGUCGCCGCCGCCUCCUCUGUCUGCAACUCCUCCUCCUCCACCACCGCCAGCAGCACCGCGCCUUCCUCCAACUCCUCCUCCACUGUGAGCGCCGGCAGGGAGUCCAGUCUGUACGGUUCUGACGGUUCAGGACUUCAGAUUCAAACCAGCAACCAAAGUGUAACUUCUCCUACAGUAGGUGGUGUCGGUGGACCUGCAGGCGGUGCUGCGGGAUCUCCAGGUCCCAAACGCACCGGUUCUGGAACCGGAAACACUCUGAAGCGCUGGUUGACGAGUCCGGUCCGAAGACUGAGUCAAGGAAAAGCUGACGGACAGAAAAAGCCUCCGAUCAGAACCAGGAGGCGGGACAACAGGCCUGAUGUGACCACGCCCCUCACCGGGAACGCACAGACGAAGGCGAAGAAGGACGAAGCUGUGCAAAGUGGCGGGGAGGAGGAGCCUGAGGAAGAAAGCCACACCCCUCUGCCGCCUCCUAUGCAAAUCAUCAAAGACCCCAACAACCCUGAGGGUUUGGAUUCGGAUCAGGGAUCCAAUGAGUCGGACUCGGAGCAGAGAAAUAAAGCGCUGAGGGGACGAAUGUUUGUUGUUAACGAGAUGGUCCAGUCAGAGAAGGACUAUGUGAAGGACUUGGGUGUGAUCGUUGAGGGCUUCAUGUCCAGGCUGGAGGUCAGAGGGAUCCCAGAAGACAUGACGGGCAAAGACAAGAUCGUCUUCGGGAACAUCCAGCAGAUCUACGACUGGCACAGAGACUUCUUCUUGGUGGAGUUGGAGCGCUGCGUCCAGAACCACGACCUGCUGGCCGACCUCUUCAUUCGACAUGAGCGGCGACUGCAUAUGUACAUAGUUUACUGCCAGAACAAGCCGAGGUCAGAGUUCAUUGUAAUAGAGUACGAAACCUUCUUUGAGGAGAUCCAGCAUGAAAUCAGCUGCAGGAUGUCGAUUAGUGAUUAUCUGAUCAAACCCAUCCAGAGAAUCACUAAAUACCAGCUGCUGCUCAAGGAUUUCCUGAAGUAUACGAGUAAAGCUGGUCUGGACUGUGAGGAGAUUGAGAAAGCCGUGGAGCUAAUCUCGCUGGUUCCUAAGCGCUGUAACGACAUGAUGAACCUGGGACGCCUGCAGGGUUAUGAGGGGAAGCUGACGUCUCAGGGGAAGCUGCUGCAGCAGGAAACCUUCUGCGUUUGGGAGCAGGACGGCGGCGUUUUAUCGCGCAGCAAAGAGCGCCGAGUUUUCCUGUUCGAGCAGGUCGUCAUCUUCAGCGAACUGCUGCGGAAAGGCUCCAACAACCCUGGCUACCAGUUCAAGAACAGCAUAAAGGUGAGUUACCUGGCCAUGCAGGACAGCGUGGACGGAGAUCCCUGUAAGUUCGUCUUGUGGUCUCGCGGGUCAGCAGAACGCUUCACGCUGCAGGCGUCCUCCGCCAGCAUCAAGAUGACCUGGGUGGAGACCAUCGCCGCCCUGCUGGACGCCCAGAACAACUUCCUGUCAGCUCUCCAGUCGCCUAUUGAGUACCAGAGGAAAGAGGGCGGGAUCUCCGUGACUCGCCCCCUGUCGUCCGGGCGACCACCGUCGGCCCCGCCCACUCCUAACGGCCACGCGGCGCAGCCUCCUCCCGACAGCGAACAGGACGACCAGGAGCUGGUUCUGGUGCUGCAGGACUUCGUGGCGGUUCGGGAGGACGAGAUCUCCGUGUUCCGAGGAGAGAAAGUCCAGAUCCUGUCGUCCAACCAGCAGGGUCAGAGCCUGGUUUAUCGGCCGGCCAACAGCGAGUCGCCGGCGGCGGAGGGCUGGGUGCCACGGAGCGUGCUCAAAACGCACUGACGCGCGUUAAUGCAGACUAUGACGUCACUAUCUGGUUUACGAUUUCUACACCGCCGCAGGCCGACAGGGUCACCGGCUCCGAGGGAAACUCAGCGAGAAGCCUGAAGGCGGCCAUGCCGCGCGCCUUUCAUCCUUAUUUCAGCUUUAUUUUAUUACAUCAGUGCAGA